GUUGUGCUUCGUUAGUUAGUUAAAGAGGGGAUGGCGUAUAGUGUAUUGGAGAUACAGAAAUUGGAAUGUGUGGGGUAUAAAUUAUGUAGGUUACAUUGUUUAGGUCAUUUAUACAACCCCUGAAAACCUCUCAUGUUACCACAGUUUGAAGGGAUGUAUAGGGAGGGGUGGGAAGGUUAUAUGGUGUGGUGAUAUUAAUGCCCAUAAUGAAAUAUGGGAAAGUCAGCAUUAAGAUAAUCAUGGGAACAUAGUUGAAGAAUGUAUGGAUUACAGGGGAUUAGUAUGUGUUAAUGAUGAGAGGGGGACGAGAAUCAAUGUACAGAGACAUACUUGGGCUUGACAUUGGUAUCUGCAGCGGUGGCUGGGAGGUGUGAAUGGGAAGUGAUGAGAGAAUCCAUGAUAGGGAGUGAUCAUUUUCCAGUUCGAUGUAAGGUCAAUAUGGGUGUAUGUAUGCAGAUUAACAUGAGGUGGUGCUUUGAGUAAGCUAACUAGAUGGUAGAGUGUGAUGAGGAGAGUGGGUAGAUAUUCAGGUCCUGUUGGGCCGUAGGUAGCUAGUUUCCUUAUUUUUUAAAGCUAUGAAUGGCAAAUUUAACGUGGUUCAUCAUGGAUUUGACGAACCUAAAAAGGUUUCAAUUUGAUAGGCCAUUGUGGAGGGGAUUUGCAAAGGAUUUAAAUGGACACCAAAAAUCUGAUUUCCUGAUUUAUCAAUAACUCGGCCAUCUCAAACUAAGUCAAGACAUGGGUCUAUACUCCUUAUUUGGUGUUAUUUGGAUGAUGGGUAAUGAUGUGUUUUUCAAAGGUUUUCCAAGAUGGAGGAAAAUCUAUCCUGACAGACCUUAUGGGUCCUUGAGGCAAAUAUGUUCAGUGUGUGGAAAGAGCCUACAUCAAAGUUUCACAGCACCACCUAUAGGCCAAUCAGUGCCAAUCUUUUUGACCAAGUUACUCAUGGCCUCUAGUUUCGCUGUGAACACCUAAAUAUUCAGUAAGGAAAUACAUUUCCCACAUUUUGUUAUUGCAUCAGGCAUUUUAAUUCACUGUACACUACCUACCUCUUUAACGAACAUGUAAAUACACAAUUUUUAUGACGGUGAUCGAACGUUUCACUUUUUAGUUAAACAAAAUCUUUUUAAACGUUGUUCCGGUUGAACGACUCCUUCACCAAGUACAAGAAGGAGAAGAACGACAAAAUGCUGAACGGGUAGAACGUCAAGCUCCAAGAGCAUCUGUCUGAGGUCCUCUUCCAGAAGGCACAGCUCUCCACACAGCUGGGGUUCGCCUCCAAGAGGUAUAAGAUGCUGCAGGAGAACCUGAACGGCUACAGGCGGGAGAUUGCCGAGCUGCACGAGAAGAGCCAGAAGAUGGCCGCCACGGCUCAGAAACACGAGCAGAACAUCCACACCAUGACCCAGGACCUCUGGGCUACAUAUGAGAAACUGACCGUGUCAGAGCAGUCCAGACUGAACCAGGAGAAGGGGGCCAUGAUGGCUGAGCAGUGCAACCAAAACCUACUGCUGACCAACCUCAAAUCUAUCCAGCUAUCCAGGUACCCUUCCCAUAAUUGUUAA